AUUUUUUCUUUCCCUUCUUCCUGCCAACCGCCAAGAAACUCAUCCUUGAGGGAUCGCGGCGGGAGAGGAAGCGGGGGCAGCGGCGCCCCUCGUCCGCUGUCGGCCGCCUCCUAUGCAGGAAGCGCGAACAGAAUAUAGUACAACUGUUUCUACUCUUCCUGUGGUGAUCAGAAAUAAACAUUUUGUUUUUGGACUUGGUAACAUGGCAAAAGAUGCUGGUCUCAUUGAAGCUAAUGGAGAGUUAAAGGUUUUUAUAGAUCAAAAUCUUAGUCCAGGAAAAGGUGUUGUUUCAUUGGUAGCUGUCCAUCCCUCAACACUUGGCAAACAGCUUUUGCCGAAAACAUUUGGCCCGUCGAAUGUCAACAUUGCACAACAAGUGGUUAUUGGUACACCACAGAGACCAUCAGCCCCAAAUACUAUUUUAGUAGGAAGUCCACAUACUCCCAAUACACACUUUGUAUCACAGAAUCAGACUGCAGAUUCUUCACCUUGGUCUGCUGGGAAACGAAAUAAAAAGGGAGAGAAGAAUGGCAAGGGUUUACGACACUUCUCUAUGAAGGUUUGUGAGAAGGUUCAGAGGAAAGGAACUACCUCAUAUAAUGAGGUAGCAGAUGAGUUAGUUGCAGAAUUCAGUACUGCAGAUGCUCACAUCUCACCAAAUGAAUCACAGGCUUAUGAUCAGAAAAAUAUAAGGCGACGGGUCUAUGAUGCCUUAAAUGUUCUUAUGGCCAUGAACAUUAUUUCUAAGGAAAAGAAAGAAAUCAAAUGGAUUGGCCUACCUACUAAUUCAGCUCAGGAAUGCCAGAAUUUAGAGGUGGAGAGGCAGAGAAGACUUGAAAGAAUAAAGCAAAAACAGUCACAACUACAAGAAUUAAUUCUUCAGCAAAUUGCCUUCAAAAAUCUUGUUCAGCGAAAUCGUCAUGCACAGCAGCAAGCAAAUAGAUCACCAACUUCUAAUUCUGUCAUUCAUUUGCCAUUUAUCAUAGUGAACACCAGCAAGAAAACUGUAAUUGAUUGCAGUAUUUCUAAUGACAAGUUUGAAUAUCUAUUUAAUUUUGAUAAUGCAUUUGAAAUACAUGAUGAUAUUGAAGUAUUGAAGCGAAUGGGAAUGGCAUUUGGACUAGAAUCUGGAAGUUGCUCAGCAGAAGAUUUAAAAAAUGCAAGGAGCUUGGUUCCUAAAGCUCUUGAACCAUAUGUGACAGAAAUGGCUCAGGGAUCAAUCAGCAAUGUGUAUGUCUCAUCCUCAUCAGGUUCAGCUUCAAAUGGGACAAGAUUUUCCAACAGUGACUACUCAAAUGGAGGAGAUGGAAUGUUGGCUACUAGUUCCAAUGGAUCUCAAUACAGCGGCUCCAGAGUAGAGACACCAGUGUCUUAUGUUGGGGAUGAUGACGAUGACGACGACGACGAAUUUAAUGAAAAUGAUGAUGAUGACUGAUAUUUUUUGCCUGUAGACUUUUUUAUUUUUAAAAUUCAGCAAGCGGCAGGAAUAAAUUCUAGGAAGAGAUUGUCAAAAAUUGUCCCAUCAAGGAGAUACUGGUAAGAGUCUGAAUUUAGAAAAUUGCACCUCCAAUAAAGUAAAGAUUGUUUGUUUUUUAUGUAGAUUUUUUUACAUGUGAUGAGGAUGUGUGUGUUAAUACCAGUGUGUUAAUGCAGAACUUUUAUUUACUUUUGCUUAGGAUUUUUAACUUGAAGGAAAAUGCAUUUUGCCCCUAAAUGUUGUCACAAAGUUUGAAAUGUAGCCACAUUUAAUGGAAAAAUAAAAUCUGUCCACCUGUCAAAAUGCAUACAUGAAUGGCAUUUUAUUUAGAUUGCAUUUAGGUGACAUCGUACUGAUGCAUAGUAAUCAAAUGUUAUACUAUAUUUUGCUGAUCAUGCCAUGCCCAAAGAAUCAAACAAAAAAGGAUCUUUUAAAUGUUAGUUUGCAGAAAUUGUAUGAAUUAAUUUCCCUUUUUAAAGUUAUACUGAUCAUUGUAAGCCCAUCAAAUUCUAUAUAUUAUGUUUGCUGAAGUUAGAAAUAUGAGUUAUAAUUUGGGGGCAAAUGUUUACUGCCAGGCUGGUAUAGCUGUGUAAAUGUCUUGAAAGUUUAGAAUGAGUUUUGCUUAUGAUAAAAAUUUGUCUGAUUUCUUACAGGCAGAUUUUGAAAACAAUUUGUUACAUAGUUGUUUACAUACUUAGAAGUCUAUGGUAUAAAAGACAUGUACUGAAACAAAUGGUUUAUAUUUGUUUCAUAAACAUCUUCCAGUAAUCUAUUAUAAAGUUGAAAUUAAAUAUAGAGAAUGUUUUAUGUUUAACUCAAAACUUGUCAAUCACUUUUAAUACUUCAUUUUUUAUAAAAAAAAUCAGGACAGGUGGUAGUCUUUUUAAAUUUAUUCACACAGAAUUAACUGCACAAAUACUGUCAGCUGCCUGUUCUAAGACAGUAGUCUUUUUACUGAAACACAAAUAAACUUUCUGUAAUAUUUUAUGGCAUAUAAGCAGUUUGUUUUACUUGUUUAAUUGUGGCACUAUUAGUUUUUAUUAAUAAAACACGCGUGGGCAUUUUUAACAAAUACUUUGUUUCUCUAAUCAAGAUUAUUUUCACCUUCUGCUUUGUUGUGUUUGACUUAUCAUCUGGUUCUUCAGUAUGGAAGAGUCUCAGAGCUCUUUUAAAGGGUAAGUAGGGAGUUAUUUAUACCUAUAUCUAGAUGAUGAGAGGCAACAGCAUGCACUGAUGAUUGCUAAAUUCUUGGGAGACUGCAGUCACCCGACAAAUAUGUAAGUUUAUUAAAUCAGGAUUCUCCUAGAAAUCUCUCUCAUGUGACUAGUCAUAAAAAUGCACUUUUAUACAAAUAAAAUUGAUAGGUUGUUCCAAAAUGCCUCUUUCAGUUUCCCAGUUCUCCAUCUUAAUUUACCUCGCCUUUCCCCCCCCCCUCUGUUUACUGUUUCAAGAGUUCCUCUUUGUAUCUAUUUUAUUUCUUGAGAAUAAAUAUUCAGCUUGAGGCUGGUGCUUUGUGGCAUGCUAGUUUGCCAUUACAUUUUUAAAUUAAAAAAGCUUCAUUCUUUACUUAGAACUAAAAAAAUAAAAUUGGAUAAUACUGAAGCCUGCUAGCUACCAAGGAAGGUAUCUAUGGGCACAUUGAUACAGUCAAUGUUAGGGAUUAAGAAUUGAAUAAGAAAAAUAAUGUGGGACUUUAUAUAUUCUAUCAGUAUAAAAUACUUCAUUUUAUGUAUGAAAUGUUAGCUGCUCUAAGCAUUGUAUGUCGCAUCAGAUAAGCCUUCACUUUCUUAUUUUGGGAUUUGUUCAAGAAGUAAAUAUUUACCCAAUCCAACGAUUUGAAAUCCUUAUGUACAGCAGGAAUUGAGUCUCUAAUGAUACACAGAACUACAUCACAAACCUUUCUCCCCAUUGUUCCAUUUUCUGUGAUUCUUACUACUAUGAGCCUUAGAAGAUUCUCAGGUUCAUUAUUAAAGUAUGCAAAGAACUGAUUCCCCUAUAUGCAUGGACAUGCUUUCCAUUUGCAUAUGAAAUUUUACUGAUACUUGAGUGCCUCUCCAGUGUAGGAAACAUUUGACUAAACUAGUAAUUUAAAAGCAUGUUAAAUGCAAAUAUCAAUCUCUAAAUCCCUUUUUACAUUUUGCUGUUAUACAUUGAUAUAGUAGAUUGGUAUUGUCCCCAUGGUGUAAAAGCAAGAGGCAGAUGCAUCAACAAAAUUUUGAUGGAGAUCUUCAUUAUAGAAUGUCACAGGUGGUUGCAACGUUCUGGGCUUUUCCUUAUGGCACCAAUUCUGGUAUUACCCCAUUCCUUCUCCUCAUCCUUAAUUCAUUUCAAUAAUUUCUUUUUUAAUACCCCAUAAACAUUGCUUCCACUUACCUAUCUAUCACCAUCAUGCAGGUUGUAAAUUUGUUGCAGAUUCAUUAUGAAGAUGAUCUGUCUCAAUACAUGUACUUUAUAUAUACAGAUGUAUGUGUGUGUGUGUUUCAAUUAUUAAAAUGUCUUCAUAUUGAGAUAAUCUAGAUGCUUUAAAGUAACUUGUCCAACACAAUUGCAUCAAGUCCAUUUUAAAAUAUGCUAAGACAUUCAACUUAAAAUUAAGUUUCCACUGAGGCCUCUGUAAAAUCAGUAUUUUUUAAAUAACACUAAUAAUACAAUUAAACAACCGUAAAAAAAUACAUAGUUUUAGAUCGGAGUAUGCAACCUUUUCACAUUUAAGGUCUGUGUUUUUGUUUAUUUUGUUUGGGUUACUAAGUUGUUGCUGGCACUAUGGCACUGAACCAUUGUAGAUUUUCUUCCAAGGUAUCCUAAUACUGUCAAGUGAAUUAGUUAGCUUCGUUUUCCAAUCAGCAAGAUAAUCCUUCCGAGGUUCAGUUUACUGCCCAAAU